CCAGAGAAAGCCAAUGGGUCGUGGGGUAAUAGUAUUCGAAUUACUUAUUCCGAAAGGGAAGUUCCAAAAGCAAAGAACACCAUACACCACUAGUGCUUUGGAUUUUUUCAAUACAAUUUUUAUUAUUCUUAGUUUGUGAUAACGUGCACGUUGGUCGUCUCUAGUUUUCGGGAGUCAAAAAUAUAAAAUAUUUGUUUUUUUUUCGAAAUAGUUUUCUAUUUUAAGAAACUGAAAAAAUGACCGAUAAAUCGUGCGGUGCUCUUACCUCCUCCUCCUCGAUGGGCAUUACUUCAAGUAUCGCCCUUUUAAUUGUUUCCUAUCAUAUUGUGAGAAAAGUUUUACCCUGGCUUUAUUCAAAUAUUCUUGGGCCGAAAUUCUUAGGGCCAAGGGUUGAUUUCAAGCGGUUAGGGGAAUGGGCUGUGAUAACAGGGGCUACAGAUGGUAUCGGAAAAGCAUAUGCAAAAGCGCUCGCCAAAAAAGGUCUUAAUAUCGUGCUAAUUAGCCGAUCGUCAUCCAAAUUAGAAACAGUCGCCAAAGAAAUAUCUGAUGAAACCAAAGUUGAAAUUAAAACAAUUGACAUAGACUUUACUGGAGGACCAGAAAUAUACGAAAAAAUCCAGACAAAUCUCGAAGGCAUUGAUAUUGGUGUUCUUGUCAACAAUGUAGGCAUAAGCUACCACCAUCCGGAAUAUUUCCUAACCUAUACCGAUGAUAAUAAAACAUUCCUUCGGGACAUAGUUUCGGCAAACAUCCAUUCUGUGACUUAUAUGACCAAAAUGAUUUUGCCAAGAUUGGUGGCCAAAAAGCAAGGAGUUAUCAUUAAUGUUUCAUCUCUUGCUGCUGUAAUUCCAAAUCCACUCCUUAGUGUCUACAGUGGAACGAAGGCUUUCGUGGACAAGUUUAGUGAAGAUUUACAACAGGAAUACAAGGAUCAAGGUGUCAUAAUACAAAGUGUUCGACCGGGUUUUGUUGCUACAAAUAUGUCGAAAAUUCGCAAAACAAGCCUUAUGACGCCAUCAGCGGAUUGUUAUGCAAGCGCAGCCUUAAAGACCGUAGGAAUUUGUGGUCAAACUACUGGAUAUUGGCCUCAUUCUGCGAUGCAACUUGUUAUUGACACUGUUUCAUCGGUUUUGGGAAGAGAUUUUGCACAAAACAUGGUUUUCAAUCAGUUGAAAGCUACGAGAAAGAAGGCUUUGCGUAAUGCAAAGAAGAAUUAAACGAGUUUAUGUUUUAGUUAAACGCAAUUACAAACAAAAUAUUAAAGAAAA